AUGCCACCCGAGGAAGGCACGAAGUCUGAGGUACUGUCAGGUUGCCCAAGUCUAGGCACGAGCAGUCGAAAUACCGAGGUUAAGUUCGAAUCACAGAUCUUCCUGUCACGAACUACAGGAGAUAUUCUGCUGUUGGACUCGAUCCUAUCUGAUACGUCCCCAAAUUCGCCAGGCCUUGGAGGGCACCUCAAUGGCCACCGAACUGCACAUCCCCAGUAUGAUCGUCCAUGUCUACUUUUAGCGGGGGACACGAAAUCCUGGAAUUCCAAUGCCAAUGCCCUCCAAAUGGAUGUAGACGCUGCCAAACAGUAG